CCGCUUCCCUGCCUGCCUGCGUCUCCUGGACUUGUAUUCUCUUCUCUUCAACGCUCGUUCUCUUCGACUUGGUCGUGUGGUAAAACUUUAAUUUUAUUUGAGAUGGAAUCUCCACUCGAUAGUUCUGGUGGCGCUGCUGUUCUUAGCGAGGAGAACGGCUACUCUGAAACAGCUGUUAACCACUCUGAUGGUGAUGUCAAACAACAUUCUAUGGUGAACGGUCUUUCAAAUGGAUAUGACAAAGAGAAAGAUAAAGAAAGACAUAAGGAUAGGGAUAAACAUGACAAGGAAAAAUAUCGUGAGAAAGACAAGCAUAGGGACAGUGAUCGUGACAAGCAUCGAACCAAAGACGUUGAUAAAGAAAAAUACAGGGAUAAGGACAAAGAGAAACACAAGGAGCACAAGGAAAGGGAUCGUGACAAGGAUAAACACAGAGACAAAGAAAGGGAGAAAGAUAAGGACAAAGAAAGGGAUAGAAACAAAGAGAAAGACAAGGAAAGGGAUAAGGAUCGUGAUAAAUCCAAGCACAAUUCAAGUUCUUCUAGCAAAGACAAACACAGUAGUAGUAGUAGUUCUAAGGAUAAAGAUAAAGAUAGGAAGGAUAGAGAUAGAGAAAAGGAUAAAGAAAGGAGUAAGCAUCAUGAUGACAAAGAAAGAAAAGACAAAGAUCACAAAAGUAGCAGCAGUUCAAGCAAAGAUAAAGAGCACAAAAGUUCUAGUUCCAGUAAACACAGUAGUUCUUCCAAACCGAGUUCAGAAAGCACUUCCAAAGACAAAGAACAUAGGGAUAAAGAUAAGGAACGUGAAAAGGACAAAGAAAGGGACAAAAAUCGUGACAAAGACAAAGAACGCAGUAAAGAUAAGCACAGCUCUAGUUCCAGCAAGGAUAAGGAGCGACAUAGUUCGGAUAAACACAAAUCCGACAGAGAAAAGGAAAAGCACAGUUCCAGCUCUAGUAAAGACAAAGACAGACAUAGUUCCGAUAAGAAGGAUAAAUACAAAGAUAAAGAAAGAUCUAAGGACAAAGAGAAGGAGAAGGCAAAGGAAAAGGAUAAGUCUGCUGAAGACUCUAUUUUAGAUACCUCACAUAUCAAAAGUGAAACUUCCCCGAUAAAAGAGGAACCUGAGAGCUUCUCCUUCCAAACAUCAAUAAAGGAAGAGUCCAUGGAUAUUGAUGAUGAUGAUGGAAAGCUGAUGAUCAAAGAAGAGCCGACUGAUGAUGAAAGCAAGAUGGAGAGCAGUUUUGAUGCAUCAAACGUCAAAGAGGAAGAUGAUGACGAUGAUGAUGUGCCUAUGGCUGCUCGAAUGGCUAAGAUGAAAAGAGAAAUGGAGUCUGAUGAUGAAGACGAUCUUCCUUUGAUAGCUCGCAAGAAGCCCAAGAAAGAAGGCAGUGCGAAGAAGAGGAAAAAGGAAGAGAGUGAUGAUGAAGAAGACUUUAAACCGGCAAAGAAGAAAAAACAAAUCAAGAAGGAAACAAAAUCCACUAAAGGUAAAGCUUCAGAAACAAGCCUAACAGAAAGUCCAAAGAAAGGAAGAAAGAAAAAGGAAGAGGAGGAACAAGAAGUGUGGAAAUGGUGGGAAGAAGAGAAGAAGCCGGAUGGUGUAAAGUGGAAUUUCCUGGAACAUAAAGGACCUGUGUUUGCCCCUCCUUACGAGCCACUUCCACCCAAUGUCAAAUUUUACUAUGACGGAGAGGAGAUGAAACUUUCCACCGAGGCUGAAGAAAUAGCCACAUUCUACGCUAGGAUGUUGGAUCAUGACUAUACAACCAAGGAAGCCUUUAACAAGAAUUUUAUGCAUGACUGGAGGAAGAAAAUGACCAGACAAGAACAAGAGACGAUAACAUCGUUGAAGAAGUGCAAUUUCAAACAUAUGCACGCCUACUUCAUCAAAUUGUCUGAAGAGAGAAAAGCAAUGAGUAAAGAAGAAAAGAAGGCGAUAAAGGAGAAAAAUGAAGAGAUGCAGAAGGAGUAUGGCUUCUGCACUAUUGAUGGACACAAAGAGAAAAUCGGUAACUUCAAGAUAGAACCCCCGGGACUGUUCAGAGGACGAGGAGAGCAUCCGAAGAUGGGGAAGCUGAAGCAGAGAGUGGUGGCGGAGGAUAUAAUCAUCAACUGCAGCAAAGACAGCAAAGUUCCCAAACCUCCUCCUGGACACAAGUGGAAGGAAGUGCGGCACGAUAACACAGUAACUUGGUUAGCCAGCUGGACUGAGAAUGUACAGGGCCAAGUGAAAUACAUCAUGUUGAAUCCCUCAUCCAAACUGAAAGGUGAAAAAGACUGGCAGAAAUACGAGACAGCACGGAAGUUGGCCAAGAGUAUAGACAAGAUCCGAGAAGAUUACAUAGCAGAUUGGAAAUCCAAGGAGAUGAAGAUCAGACAAAGAGCUGUAGCCAUGUACUUCAUUGACAAGCUUGCGCUGAGAGCGGGUAACGAGAAAGACGAGGACCAAGCGGACACAGUCGGCUGCUGCUCUCUGCGUGUGGAGCACAUUCAGUUGAUGGAGGAGAAAGAUGGCAAGGAGAAUGUUGUGGUGUUUGACUUCUUAGGUAAAGACUCCAUUAGAUACUACAACGAAGUUCCGGUAGAAAGGAGAGUUUUCAAAAAUCUCAUGUUGUUCAUGGAGAACAAAAAACCACAGGACGAUCUCUUUGACAGAUUAAAUACGGCUGUUUUAAACAAGCACUUGUCUGAUCUCAUGGAUGGACUAACGGCCAAGGUGUUCCGUACGUACAACGCUUCGUGGACAUUGCAAGCUCAACUGAAAGAACUUACGGACCCUGACACCACUGUUGCUGAGAAGCUGUUAGCGUACAACCGUGCCAACCGUGCUGUGGCCAUCUUGUGUAACCAUCAACGUGCUGUGCCCAAGACACACGACAAAUCUAUGGCCAAUCUGAGAGAGAAACUGGCCAAUAAACGAGCUGCUGUUGAGGAAGCAGAGAAAAAUUUCAAGCACGCCAAACGAGACGCCAAGAACGGCUCGGCUAAGGAAAAAAUUGCUGCAGACAAGGCUAAGAAGACUCUGGAAAGACUCAGAGAACAACUCCUGAAACUGGAACUGCAGGAAACCGACAAGGAAGAGAACAAGUGUAUCGCUCUGGGAACAUCCAAGCUCAACUACCUGGACCCUAGGAUAUCAGUGGCUUGGUGUAAGAAGUAUGAUAUUCCCAUCGAGAAGAUCUACAACAAGACUCAGAGGGAUAAGUUCCGUUGGGCCAUUGACAUGGCAACAGCUGAUUAUGUAUUUUAAGCAACAACUCUUGAGCAGGGUGGGUGACCACUGUUUUGUCUUUCGUCCAUUAAAAUUUUAUCAUUUAACACAUCAGUUGUUAUUUGUUUGCUAUGGAUUUACUGUGUUUAUUGUAAUCAUUACAUCUUAUAUGUGAUGACAGUUUGUGAUGUCCCCAUAGUUCGUCCCACUCUGCUCUCAUCGUAGUAUAAUUUUCCACUAUUAGUUAGAAUUAUUUAUUAUUUUUAUAGUGCUUUAAUCGACUUUUAACUAUAGUAUUAUUUUAUAUUAAAAUCGCUUUCCCCGAAGUUCAUCAGAAAAUAUUUAUUUAGAUAGAUGAAUUUAUGUGACAGUUUGUCCUUGUGCGAUUUUUACUUAAUUAUUAAUUAUAUAAGUGUCUUUUAAUGUGUAAAUUUCAAUUUGUUUAUGUCUUAUUAGCUAGAAAAAAAUUGUAGACAAGCCAAAGCCCCAUGGACAAAGUCUCGUGAGUUGAUAUUUUAGAGUGGAGCUGUGUAAAGGUGCUCUUAACAGCAAAAACAGUUCCAGGACUGAGUUGAUACCUUCAUAUCUAUUGUGCAAUCGAUAAUUUUAUUUAGGUACUGAUGAUUCAAUAUGGAUAAAACUGAUUGGAAAGCCAAAAUUUAGGUUGAUCUUUUUUAUUGAGGCUGUGAUUUGAAGGAUGACUACUGUGGUAACGAUUUAUCCAAUAACGGUGACAAAAGUAAAAUAAGGUUGAGGUUUUUUUAGCUUUCUUCAGUUUUGCAACUGAAUCAACAGGGUAUCGGCUAAGUCCUAUUUUCGUUUGUACAUUGUUUUAAUGUAUUGUACUAGAUUUCAUAUUUUGUUAGUCAAUUCAUACAAUAUGUGUGCUAGCGAAGCAACUAUUUAGUUAUACAUCUAAUUAAGGUUAUGGACAAUUUUCAUAUACACAUUUGAAUGUUGUAAAUUGAUAUAUACAUUCGUUUUGUAAAUAUACAACAAAUUUACUGUGAAAAUAAUAGUGCAAAAAAUUGACGGCACUUUAUUUUUGUUAGCUGCCCCUUCUCCCACUUGUAAGUAUGCAUGCAGGUUAGAUUGGACUCGAUCUGUAUUAUGAAAUAGUCGCUGAUCCGGUCUAAUUUGGUUUGACAUUUUUGUGUAAUUUAUUACAGAGGAAAUACAAGUAUAGAUUCUUCUA